GGCCCUUAACCGGUUAACCCCCUCUCUCUCUCUCCUGACUCCGGCACCUCGGCGCGGCUUGGCAGCCGCCGAUCUGCCUCUGCCGACGAUUGAGCUCGCCGCGGCCUAGCUUCCGUUCACCAUGCCAGGGCCAGGCUCAGCUCCAACCCAAACACCCCCUCCAGAACCCAAACCCAAGCAUAAAGGCCGCCGCCUCGUCCUCCUCCUAGGGCCGCCUCUCGUCGCCGUCGCUGUUGCCCUCCUCUUGGGCGUAUCCACAAACCCGUUGCCCCGCCGCUUUCUCCGCCUUCUUCUUGGGACAAAGCCCUCCAUUCUCUCCUCCUCGUCACCUCCUGACGCAGCUUACGAGGCUGACGCGGCAACAGGCGCGGUACGCGCACCAUGUGUUCUAUGGAUGGCCCCAUUCGCCUCCGGCGGCGGGUACUGCUCCGAGGCAUGGUCCUACGUCGACGCGCUUGACGCGCACGCCGCUGGGAAAAGUAACUUCACGCUCGCGAUAGCGCACCACGGCGAUCUCGACUCGCCGGAGUUCUGGCUCGGCCUGCCCGAGCGGUCCAAGCACCUGGCGUACAGACUCGCUUCCGAGCGGUGCGAGCUUGCCAGGGCCGUGGUCGUCUGCCACAGCGAGCCUGGCGCUUGGUACCCGCCGAUGUACGAGGCUCUGCCGUGCCCUCCCACCGGGUACGACGAUCCUGCGUUCGUCAUUGGACGGACGAUGUUCGAGACCGACCGCGUCUGUCCGGAGCAUGUCAGGAGGUGCAACCAGAUGGAUGCUGUCUGGGUGCCUACCGAUUUCCAUGUCUCAACCUUUGUGAAGAGCGGUGUGGAUCCCACCAAAGUUGUCAAGGUCGUGCAGGCUGUGGAUGUCAAUUUCUUUGAUCCGGCCAAGCAUGUCGCUCUUGCUUUGCCGAUUGGUGUGUCUGUCAUGGUGCCUGAUGGUUCAAGAUUUGGAAAUGGUGACUCUAAACACAAAGGUUUUGUGUUUCUUAGUGUGUUCAAAUGGGAACAGAGGAAGGGCUGGGAUGUGCUGCUGAGAGGAUUCCUGCAGGAGUUCUCUGGAGCUGAUGACGUCGUACUCUACCUUCUGAUCAAUGCCUACCACUCUGACACAAACUUCAGUGAGAAAAUCCGCAGGUUUGUGGUAGAAUCCAGCAUUGAGGAGCCAAUGGAAGGAUGGGCUGAGAUCCGGGUCAUCGAUGAGCAUGUCCCUCAGUCUGUUCUUCCAAGUCUGUACAAAGGUGCAAAUGCAUUUGUGCUGCCAACCCGUGGUGAGGGCUGGGGCAGACCAGUGGUCGAAGCCAUGGCCAUGGAACUGCCUGUGAUUGUGACUAAUUGGUCGGGUCCAACAGAGUAUCUGACUGAGGAGAAUGGGUAUCCAUUGGAUGUAGACAGGCUGACUGAGGUCACAGAAGGGCCAUUCAAGGGCCACCUAUGUGCUGAGCCAUCAAUUGAUCGGCUGAGGGAUUUAAUGAGACAUGUCGUUGACGAUAGAGAUGAGGCAAGGAAUAAAGGGAAGAAGGCAAGGGAGGACAUGAUCGAGAGGUUCUCUCCAGAAGUUGUUGCUAGGAUUGUUGCUGAAAAGAUUCAACAAGUGCUUACCCACACUCAGUUGACAAAUGACUAGAUACAAUGUGAAACCAGAAAGUUGAUGCACCAUGGAAUGCCACGUAUGUAUGUUUAACACUAUUCUUACUCGUUAUUUUUCCAAAGAGUCAUACAUAUCCUUUCCUUGUGAUUGAGUUAAUGUAGAAUUAGUGUGGCCAAAUAAGUUUUGAUUCGAUGCAUCGAUCUUAAUUGUAUUCGUUGCCGAUUAGGACUUCAAAAUUCUUUUAUUGAGUUUAGUUGUUCAGUGGUUGCUAAACCUAAUACAGAUAGUUUGGGGGUUGUACCAACUUGUGUUGUCAAGUUGGAAUUACAAUGUUUAAAUGUGCUAUCAAUAUAUGUAUAAUGCAUAAUCAACUAGAGUGCUUACCUAUGAAUAUAAAUGAAUGGUUUGGUGAUUAGUGAAAGACCUGAAAGCACCUUGUGAUGUUAUGCUUCUCAAACACGAAACAUCACUAACACACGAGUGUUGUUAUUAUGCUUUACUAUCCUCUCAUUCAUGUUUAAGUAGAAAAAUGAGUAGUAUUUAAUUGAAAUGAAAAGACAAAAAGGAAGUGUUCUCUUUGAAAUAUCAACUAUGGAGUGAAAAAAUGAAAGAAAAACAACGAGAGUUCUGACGCCUUUAGUUAGGUUUCUUGUCUGGCAUCCUUUUGAACUGUUCAGUUCAGUUACCUUUUUUCCUUGGUUAAAGAUGGGACACCAUAAUCCAAUAGCUCCUACACAUUCUUUUGACUGUUUUUCACCAUUAUAUUAUAUAUAUGCCCUUUCCCUUGGUUAAAGAUAACAAUUCUAGGGAAUCUUUUUUUUUUUACCUAAAGGCAAAAGUUAUUGUCAUAAACUGUUUAGUUUUUCCCUUUUAUUGUUGAUCCACAUCUCAAAAUGUGGGUUGCCAUUUCUAUUAAUUCUGGAUUAUGUUUUGUGAUUGGAUAUAGAUCUAUCUGUUCCAAGGCGUUUUUGUCUUUUUUGGUACAUCAGUUUUGCUAUCUAUCAAUAUUAGAUACACAGUAUAAUCUAUGUACCAAAAAAAAAAAUCAAAGCAACUUAUAAUUUGGAAAGGAGGGAGUUUGUAUUAAUUCAACAUGAAAAAAAGAAGUGAUGGAUCGUUAAUGAAAAUCAUAUGAAAAUUUUGUAAUCAAACACAUAAUACUGCCAACUGUUAGGCAUGAUAUUGUCUCCAAGUCUUCCUCUCAUCUCCCACUUCCCAUGCCCACCACUCUUGCACAUCUUCCAUUCCCGCUACCAAUAGCAGAGACCGUCAAUUGGCCUAAAGUUUCAUUGCUGAUUAAGGGUAAAAAAAAACUGCCAGAUGUUUUAUAAAAAAACAUGUGGCUCGUGUACAGGCAUUCCCUGUUAAUUGACCUUGCAUUUGUGCUUUGUUUUUUUUAUUCUGAACACCAAAUUAUACGACUGCAAAUUAUGCCAUAAAUUAACAAUUCAUAAUUUUUGUGGCCAGUCUUUUAAUAUAUAUCUUUGAUUUCAUUUUUUUUGGGGAUGAUAAGGACUUCCUAUUUAAACAAUGAAGUUUUCUAUGUGUAUAGUUACUCUAGUUUCAUCUGAAGGGCCCAAACAAAUUGAAGCUGUUAUUCUGCUUUCUAUAUGUUGCAUUGCAAUGUUUCUUUUCUUUGUUAUUAUGUCACAAUUUCAUAGUUGUGGCCCAGUACACAUUUUUAUGCCAGUUAAUAGCUAAUAUAUAAAGGAACAAUUGAAUCAUUUACUAGGUCAACACCAAGUUCCUUACAUAGAACAUUUGAAACUUUUGAUUGGUGUUCACUGUCUAGAUUCACUUUGUGUAUUGCACCAAGUCUUUCUGAUAUGUCACUGUUACUGUGACUAGUGAUACAGUUAUUUUACUGUUCUUUGGGUAUACCAGAUAACAAUGUUGAUUCUUUCAAAUACAUUUUAACUAUGUGGAUUCCAUGACAUCUUGAGUAGUAAUUCAUAAGCGUGGUCCACACUUGUUUCUUUUUUUAUUUUGAUAAACACAAUUAGAAGUUUGGAACUGUGGAUGCAGAAACAUUUACUUUCCAACUGCUUUCAACCUUUUUUUUUGUUAUGUUCUUUAUUUGUAUUGCUGUAGAUAUAAUAGUUUUUUUGCCAUGUGAAACUGCAAGCUACUAGCACAUUCAGGAGUUUCAUGUGAAACUGCAAGUGAGAAGGUUUAACAGUUAUUAUGUUCUUAUAUAUAUAAUUAGGUUUUCAUCUAUCAUUCACAUGAAACUAUUAGUUUGCAUGGCUAUGUUUUAUUAAGUAACCUUUGGUUUGUGCUUCUUUGCUCACUGUAUGGCUGCAAACUACAGAAGAAUGUAUGAUACAUUUUCUCAUUCAGUAAUUGCUUCUAUCUACCUAUGCAUAAAUGAGCUUUGCUAUUGCUGGAGUACACUUUUGUGCAUCCAUUGAUGGCAGUACCUCUGCCCAGUCAUCGAAGUGAACCUGUGUCAAUCAUAGGUUAGGAUGCCAAAGUUUACCAAAUGUUUUUGCCAAAUUGUGAGGCCAUGUUUGGACACAUAGUAAUCAUUUACGUGUGUAAAACCUUUCCGCUUGUAUAUGCUUGUGCACAACAUUACCACUGUAAUUAAAAUGAUAUGUAAUUGUUUGUUUGAGAGAAGAAAUGAACUGUUUACAGCCCUUAGAAUGCAAAGCCCUAAGCCUCUGGCUGCCUAGAGACAGAAUGCUCGUGGUUGUAGGGAGCUAAAACACAGAGCUCAAGGCCAUUGAUGUUGUCUUGUCAGUGCGUAGGCAAACCUAUGAUGCUCAAGUGUUUGACUUUAGAUGGAUCAAACUGAGACAUGACGACAUACAUUGAGGCGGCAAGCAUGGAGGAUGACGACAGUGCUAGACAAUGGUCUCAGAUUGAAGCCGACAUCAUGAUGGUGUCAUGGAUUGAGUCUGAAACAAAGGUGACUUCGCAUGUGAAGUCAGACGAAAGCAGAGCCACGGCCGGUUCUGGCCUGAAGCACAAGGAUGGCACUGCUGGUGGAGGCCAGAUUGAUGAGGGUGACACCAUGAAUUUGAAACACAGAUGAUGGCAACGGCAGAGGUUGUGCUGGGCUCUUUGAAGGUAGCGGUGGCAUGCAUGGAGGCCAGAAUAGUGGCAGUGGCGAGAUGCAAUCACGACAACUGUGGUGGCAGGGAUUUGGCAAGAGCAAUGGCACGUGAGCAGCUGACUGAUGCGGCCCCAACUCUGCCCGGUAUCCGUCGGAAAAAAAAA